AUCAUUUGCUGUGCACGUAAUUUCACCAUUGACAUCGCUAAAUCUUCCGUUUAAUAUAUGUGUAUUCACCAGCAUAAAUGCCACAUGGCCUGGAAGUACUCAUGAUGCUCAUGUUUUCAGAACCUCAGAACUGUCUGAUUAUUUGGAAGCCCAUCAUCAUGGUGUUGAGGAUGGAAUUGUGUUGGGGGACAGUGCCUACCCAUGCAGGAAGUUUCUCAUGACACCUAACCUGCAUCCUGGAUCCCUACAGCAACAGAUGUUCAAUGACGCACAUGCAAAGACAAGAAAUGUUAUCGAAAGAGCAUUCGGUGUACUGAAGCGGAGGUUUCAUGUCCUUCAUGGAGAGGUACGAAUGAAGCCGGGCAAGGUAACAAAAAUAAUUCUGGCAUGUGUAGUAUUGCACAAUCUCGCUAAGGCAUGGGGUGAGAGGGAGGCAUUCCCAGAGGAAGAAGACCCUCAACCUCCACCACUUGUCCAGCUUGAGGGUAACCCUGACGGGCAGGCUAUCAGGGAUGCAAUAACUGCAAACUAUUUCAGAUGAAGACGGACGGACAUUACAAGGCACCAUGGGUGACUUGAUCUAUGUAUGGCGUAAUAGUAUUCAGAAUGAUGUAGGGACAUAGACAAAACAAGUCUUAAAAAUGUGUGUUCAUUUACAUCUGAUAAAGACAAAACAAGUCUUAACAAGAGCACCGCCUUGCGGGUGCAGACCGCUCAUCUAUUUUCUUUUUAAAGGUGAAGGGACUCUCAUUUUCAAUCACAAAGGAGGGAGGAGUGGAGUGAAGAGGGGUGUAUAGUGUGGGGUUGUGGACAUUUAUUACA